AUGCGCAAUCGCAAUCUGCAAUUGCAACUUCGCAAUCGCGGCACGAAGGACGAUUGGGGCGCGUCGAUUCGAUACGACAUCGAUGACACGCCCACAUCGUAUCUGAAUCAAUUCGGCGCCGCCGAUGACGACGAUUCGUUGUCGAGCGACGGCGGCUCGACGCCGCCCGUCUCGCCGACAACCUAUUUGCGAUUCAUGAGCCUCACCGAUGAUCUACAAUUGCUCGUGCGCGACAUCAUUGAUGAAGCGAAGAGGAGUCUGAACGCGGAAGCAUGCGCGAUAUUCAUUCUCGACGAAGUCACGAAAGAGCUCGUCGCCAAAAUAUUCGACAACGGUCCCGAGAGUCAAGACGAGCUUCGCGUUCCAUUCGGCCAUGGUGUCGUUGGUCGUGUGGCGCUCACACGAACCCUGAUGAACAUUCGCAAUGCGCAGCGAUGCCCAUUCUUCUAUCCAAACGUCGAUCAGACGACGGGCUUCCGCACCAAGAACAUUCUGUGUUUUCCCGUCAUCGACAAUUCGGGUCUGAUGGUCGGCGUCGCCGAGAUUUGCAACAAGAAGGACUCGCUGGAGACGGGUUUCUCGCGACGCGACGAGAAAUUCGCCAAAAAUUUCGGAAUCCACUGUGCCACGUGCAUCGCUCAUAGUAUCUUCUACAAAAAGAUCCAGGAGACCUAUUUGAAGAGCCAUAUGGCGACGGAGAUGAUGGUGCAGGGUGUCAAUGUCGUAAUUCCCGACGACGACAUUCAGCGUCUUGUGACGGAUCCGCGACGCGAUUGGCGCUACUUCAACGACUAUUUCGAUGAUUUCGCGUUUGCGCCGCGCUCGAUCGGCGAGAAUCACUUCCACAAAGCGUCGAUGACGUUCUUCGAGGAUCUCGGCUUCACCUAUCAGUUUCGCAUCAACAAACGCAAGCUGUCAUAUUUGGUGUUGCGCAUUUCGGCCGGCUACCGUCCGGUGCCCUAUCACAAUUGGUCGCACGCGUUCGCCGUCGCGCAUUUCUGUUGGCUCGUGCUUCGCACCGACGCGUGCAAACAGAAUCUCGACGACGUCGAGCGAUUGUCGUUGCUCAUCGCUUGCCUGUGCCACGAUAUCGACCAUCGCGGCACCACCAACUCGUUUCAACUGCAAUCGAAGACCCCACUGGCUCAGUUGUACAGCAGCGAGGGAAGUGUGUUGGAGCGGCACCACUACGCGCAGACGGUGUCGAUUCUGACGACGCCCGAAUGCGAUAUUCUCAGCCAUUUGCCGGCCGGCCAGUAUCGAUCGAUUUUGUCGAACAUUCGCGAGGUGAUUCUCGCCACCGACAUCGCCGCCCAUCUCAAAAAAGUGGCGCAAAUUCAGAAGAUGGUCAAAGCCGGCUUUCGAAAAUCGUCGAUAGUCGACCACUACAUGCUGUCGAGUCUCAUCAUGACCGCUUCGGAUCUUUCGGAUCAAUCGAAGAACUUCCACAACGCGAAACUGAUCGCCGAAAACAUCUACACGGAGUUCUUCGCGCAAGGCGAUCUUGAGAACGAGAUCGGCGUCACACCAUUGGAGAUGAUGGAUCGCCAUAAGGCGUUCGUGCCGCAAGUCCAAAUCGAGUUUCUCGACACCAUCGGAUUGCCGGUGUUCAAAAUGUUGUCGGAGGUGAUUCCCGAUGGCAAAUCGACGUACGAGUCGAUAUGCGCGAAUCGCGUCUGCUGGCAGGCGCUUCACGAGGAGAUGAGCCGUGUGGAUCCGACGACGCUCAAAGAGCUUGACUAUUUGAGGGACGAGGAGAUUGAGAAGAAGGUUUUCGAGCGCGUUCGAGCCAUUAAUCCGACGAUCGCCGACAUCGCCUCGAAAAGGGUCGAUUUGAAGGUGAACGGAAGAGUGGCGUAUUUGGCGUCGCCUGAUGAAUUCGGCCACAUGUACGACGGUUACGAUAUUGAAGCGCAGACGACGCUGCCGGGGUUCGAGUGCAGCGCGCUCAACAACAACACGAUACGGGCGACGAAGCAGCGUAAGGCGACGAUGGAAGCGACGCGAUGCUCGCCGCCGAUCGCGUUGCUCAAAGACGACGACGACGAUGAGCGCGACGCGUCGUCGCGUCAACGAACACCGCGACGAUUGUGGCGACGCGCGCGCGACGUUCUCGAGACGAUGUCGUCGACGUGCGUUGGCUCGUGCUCGCCGCGCCAAUCGCGGCGCCAUCUAAGCGACGAGGACGAUGAUGAUGAUGAUGAGAACACGUCGCAGUAG